GGAAAUUUCAAUCCCGAGCGCGCCCAACGAGCCAACGCGGCCCAUCCGGUUUGCGAUUCUUGAGGAACUCACACGCUACGGCUAAAUCCCUCAAAGCUAGAUGACUUCGACAACGUUGACUCGCCCAUGGGUGAAGGCUUCGAAGGAUGAAUUGGCUCACUUUUGAACUCAGUUACAUCUGACUGAACUGUGCAUACCUUGCUAUCAGUUUCGAACACAAGUUUGUUCAAUUCCCAUAUCCGCGCUGUGGAAUGUCAUAUUUCACCAAGCCAAACCACAUCAUGCGACCUCCUGAUGGAACAAAACACCUGCUGUGGACUAUCGGGUCAUACGUUGUGAUUCAACACAUACUUGAAUGCGCCUUCGGCCACUGCUUGUUCUCCCAUUGUUCAUGAAGUCUUAAAAGAGGGUUGUUUCGAAGCAGCCUGAGUUUUUCAUCUCACUCACCCAUCAUGGCGACUAUCCCCCGAGCCUCAUUUGGCGACCUUUCCAUCGAGCUCGUCGACAUCAUCCUCGGUUAUGUAGCUCGACCCACUUUUGCUCAACCAGACCAAUACAGGGCGAAAAACCCAUACUCAACUGCUCACAAACUCUGUCUGGUCUCCCAACAUGUCAGGAGGCACGUUGCACUGCCUGAAAUGCUGCACACAGUAUUACUGGACUCUCACAACAAGGUGGCUUUUGUGCAUGCUCUACGCAUGCAGAAGGAAUACGCUCAAACAGAUUCUCGUCUCUGUUUUGCGUACACAAGGUACAUAAACAACAUCUGGAUCGGAGAAUUUUGUCUGGGUGGUGAAUACUUUUAUAUGUACCGUGGCUCCAAUGGCAUGUUUGUGCCUGAUUCAGACCUCGACCUCUUGGCUCCGGUACUCCUUGGCGCACCAUCGCUUGCGAUUGACUUUGGAUGGAUGCACUUUCUGACACGCUGCGUGGAGCAUGCAUGGACCCACAUGGGCGAGGACAUCGACCAGAGAUGUUUGCUACCUCCGUGGCGCACGAAAACUUUAGCGCUAUCGGGGCUUGUCACUGACCCAUGGCCCAUGACGAUGUUUGCCUCAGGACAAGCCUUCCUGGCUUCCCUCGCCCACCUCGUUGUGCUCCCUAACACAAUAAGAGACUUAAGUUCGCAUGUCGUUGGUCGGGCUCUGGGCAUUGUUGGACCUCAAGACUACAUUCUCCCCCACUGGAUGAUCAACGCUCCAUGGGCUUUAUUAAAGAGGCUCGAAAGCAUCUCUUUGGCUUUCCCGCGUGUAGAACUCCCGUUCUAUGCAACUGAAUAUAGUGCAGGAAUGAACUUGCAGACAGAAUUGCUGACGCUCCCCGCUUCCCUGGUGAAGGGCCACUGCGUGCCCCUGGAGGUAAAAGCGUCUACGGAGACUGGAGAUAGGUUUAUUUCUUUGGACGACGUUCAUGUUGUGGUGUCUAAUACUCGAGUGCACUUUUGUGUAUAUUGUCAAGAGUGGGAGAAAGUUUGGGCAUGCGGGUGGUAAGCUGGAGGGGGAGGGGUGUUACGAUACAAUUGAUGUACGCACAUGUUCGCAGAUGGCUACAUGAAUGAACCAUGCAUAUGUAU